AUGGCAGAGCAAGAGGAGCGCCAUGUUGCCAAUGUUAGAGACCUGACUGUAUCGGAAAGAGGUUAGUUUGAUUAUUAGGUUGGAAAAAGGGGGUGUGUGUUAUUAUCGAAUCGAUCGGGGUGAUAUUGUAGAAACUAUGGAGCAAUCUAAAGUAACUACUGUCAUUAGCCCUUUGUUUACUCGUUUAUUUUUAUUAAAGAGAGGCAGGUUUGAUGAGUUAUUUGACACAUCAGUUUUCAAGCCGAUUCAUCAGUUUUCAAGCCGAUUCAUCAGUUUUCAAGCCGAUAAUUUUCAACAUAAAUUUGGUUUCUUAAUUGAAAACGUUUAAAGUUUGAACACAUACGUGUAGUUCAAAAUCAGGGCUGUGCAAAAAACCGGUGCAGGAUUUUCGAAAACUUUUUCUCAAAAGACCUUGACAUUUCACACACUUGCAAUAACCCGAUAGGAUCUAAAAUCUGCAGGCUUCUUGAACUUAGAUUGAAAUAUUUUGAGUGCAAGUUUCAAACCGAUCAUAUUAUCUGGUCCAGAGAUAUGCUGGUUUGAGAAAAAGGCAGAAAUUCUCUCAAAAACCGGCCUUUUCGGCUUCUGAUUCACAUAGAUUAUGCGAUCGGUUUGAAACUGGGACCCGAGAUAUUUCAGUUCAAGUCCGAAAAGCACACAAAGUUUGAAUAUGAUCAGAUCAUUGCAAGUUUGUCGUCGAGACUUCGGUAGGCCUUGAAAAAACGUGACCGGCCUUUCGUCCAGCCCUGCCAAAAACAAAACAAAAAAAUAUAUAUGUGAAUAAUGAGCUUAUGCAUCGUUGUCUUUUACAGAAAAUUUAUUUCAGUGCUGCUGAACGACUGUCAGUCUGUUUACAAUACUUUCACCGAGUAUUAUGACUGCGAGAUUGUGGAGUAUCAGAGUGAGUUCAUUAAUCAUUUUCUGAUAAGGGGACUUAGAACAUAGGACUGCGCAAAACAUCUGGAAGACUGAACGUUUUUUUUCAGGAAUGAAAGAUCGCGUCAACGAUUUUGUGCGUGAGAGAAUCGCCGAACUUGCCACCAGUCCGUACCCGGCGAUGGGCAUCAUCCAACAGUUCUACCUCUUUGCCCGCCACAACCUCGAUAACCUCAAUCUGCUCAUGGACAUCUUCCUUCUCGUCGUCAUGGAUGACUGUGGAGAUCACAGAGAGGGUGUUCAGGUCGAGUACUACCUCCUCUACAAAUACGGACCGUAUUAG